GAGCAGUCGCGUCCCGGAAGCGAGGGCGGGGGAGGCGGCGGAGGUUCUCAGUACUGCGACUUCAGAGAGGCCUUGGGAAGAGGCGCGUCGUGGUGGGGCGGGCCUGAGGAAACGCGCCGGGGUCUGGUGGCCCUAUCAGUGCCUCCUGGCCGUCCCCGCCCCUUCCCCACCGUCGCAGCGACCGCUUAGGAUGCAGACCUCAGAGCGAGAGGGGUGUGGGCCAGAGGUGAGCCCCAGCAUGGUCCCCGAGGCUCCCCUGGAGUCUCCAACUGCUCCUGCCAAGUCCCCGGCGUUUGAUCUUUUCAACUUGGUUCUGUCCUACAAGAGGCUGGAGAUCUACCUGGAACCUCUGAAGGAUGCAGGUGAUGGUGUCCGGUAUUUGCUCAGGUGGCAGACACCAUUGUGUUCCUUGCUGACCUGCCUGGGCCUCAACAUCUUGUUCCUCACCUUGAAUGAGGGUGCAUGGUACUCAGUGGGUGCCCUGAUGAUUUCCGUGCCUGCCCUGCUGGGCUACCUUCAGGAAGUCUGCCGGGCACGGCUGCCCGAGUCUGAGCUGAUGCGGAGGAAGUAUCAUAGCGUGAGGCAGGAGGACCUUCAGAGAGUUCGCCUGUCUCGCCCUGAGGCCGUAGCUGAGGUGAAGAGCUUCUUGAUCCAGCUGGAGGCCUUCCUGAGCCGCCUGUGCUGCACUUGUGAAGCCGUCUACCGCGUGCUGCACUGGGAGAACCCCACCGUGUCCUCACAGUUCUAUGGGGCUCUUCUGGGCACGGUUUGCAUGCUGUAUCUGCUGCCGCUGUGCUGGGUCCUUGCCCUUUUAAACAGCACACUCUUUCUGGGAAAUGUGGAGUUCUUCCGAGUGGUGUCUGAGUAUAGGGCAUCUCUGCAGCGGCGGAUGAACCCCAAGCAGGAAGAGAGUGCCUUUGAGAGCCCGCCACCGUCGGAUGCCGGGGGGAAGGGCGCUCUGCCGGACUGCACACCUGCACCUGCGCCCACGCCCACAGAGGACCUCACGCCAGGCAGUGUGGAGGAGGCUGAGGAGGCCGAGCCUGACGAGGAGUUUAAAGAUGCAAUUGAGGAGACCCACUUGGUGGUGCUGGAGGAUGACGAGGGGGCCCCGUGCCCGGCAGAGGAUGAGCUGGCCCUGCAGGACAACGGGUUCCUGAGCAAGAACGAGGUGCUGCGCAACAAGGUGUCGAGGCUCACGGAGCGGCUUCGCAAGCGGUACCCGACCAACAACUUCGGGAGCUGUACGGGCUGCUCGGCCACCUUCUCAGUGCUGAAGAAGAGGCGGAACUGCAGUAACUGUGGAAACAGCUUCUGCUCUCGGUGCUGCUCCUUCAAGGUACCCAGGUCCUCCAUGGGGGCCACAGCCCCUGAAGCCCAGAGAGAGACUGUGUUUGUGUGUGCCUCGUGUAACCAGACUUUGAGCAAGUGAGAAGAGGGCCCAGGGUCCAAGUGGGCGCCUGUCCCUGGGGCCAGCAGUAGACCCCGCUCUCCCCACCCUUAGCCCCAUGUGGCAUGUGCUGGGCAAAUGUGGCCUGAAUGCUAGGUAGGCUUCCCCUUCCUGCCCUUGCUGACUCCAGCCAGGUUCUGGAGCUGUUCUCCACUCCUACGGAUGGCCAGUAGUGGUUGCUCUCAAACAAGAACUGGAGUGUUUGCCCUGCUCUGCUCUGGGCUGUUAGUGGACUCAGGGUUAGGCAGGGAAUGUAAGUUAGAGGGCAGCAGUGAGCCAGGCCUGGUCUCACCUGGGAUCAGGGUGUCCCUGCAGGCCUGGGAAUUCUAGAAGACUGGAGGUCAGAGAUUGGGAAAAGAGAUUCUUCCCCUGCUGGGUAUUGGGCCAAGCCCUUGCCCUUUGAGAGCCUGCAGAGGGCUUGCAGGUGUCCCAAUUCUGUUCGAAUGUCCCUUCAGGCAUCAGGACCUCAUCAUUUCCCCACCAGAGGGUGUGGUGAGGGCUAUCAAGACCAAAAGUACUUCUAGAAACAGGGUUGAAGUUCCCAAAUUCCCCCAGAGGAGGACGUGUCUAGGAGGGCCUGGUAGAAUCCUUCAGUGUUAAGCAGAGCAAAACGGGCACCCCAGCAGCUCAGAGGGCCUCAGCCCCACCUUGCAGGGACCUUGACUUACAGAAUCUCAGCCCACAUGUUAUUCUGGUCUUUUCAGCUCUGCCCGGUAGAUGCUGGGCACUCAGAUCACUCCUGCUUCCUGUGUUCAGAGCCUUGGGCACCCCUUCUCUGGCCUAGAGCUACAAUUCCCCUCCCUGGCCCCUUGUCCCAUGGAGUGUGAGACCAGGAAGCAGAGCAGAGGUCCUGAAGCCCUCAACCUUUGGGGGCCUGAGAAGUGUAGGAUCUCGCUGGGCUGGGUCUCAGAUUCCAGGGCUGUUCUCCAGCAGGACAGCAGUUAUGGGAUAAGGCCACUUGGGGUCCCUAUCCCCUCUCCAACAAUUUCACAUUCACUCUGGGCUUCUAGGGGCACAGUGUCUCUCCUGAAGCCAUGAGCAGGCUCAGGCACCCCUUCCCUCCCCAGGAGCUUCCCUGCCUUUUUGAAGUAUUUAUUUAUUUAUUGCAUGGUUCCCGGGAACAUGUGGCACAAGGAAUGGGAUAAAGAGGACGGGGGCUUCUCCUACCCUAGGAUGCUUCCCUGAACUCAUGGGCUGCCUGGGACUCAGAACCCUGGGAGGCGGAGACGUUUCUAUACCCUAAGCAGGGACACAAGGUGGCAGGUUGGGGAGACAAGGAUCAUCCUAGGCCAGCUUUCCCUCCAGGCCAACCAGUCUAGGAGCCAGGGGACUUCUCCAGGCCAAGUGGGGCAAGUCCCUGGGGAACCAGGCGGGCUUUGGUAGACCCCUUUCCUUGGGCUCCUGUGGAGAUAUGAGAGUUAAGGGUCCCCCUUCCUCGGGUCCUGUGGAGAUAUGAGAGUUAAGUGCUUGUGCUUUACUUACACUGGAGAGGAACUAAAAGGAUGUCUGUGUAUAUGGAGAAUUGUCAAUAAAAAGGCCUCAAGCUUCC